AUGGCGGGCCCGAUCAGCUGCCCAUUCUGUGGAUAUGAGAGCGGCAGCGAGUACAAUGUGCAGCUGCAUAUUGAAGAACGACACACCGACGACUCGCCAUUCGUGCCGGAACCUGAGCGACCGAAGAAGGUCUCUCGCCUUUCCAAGACCAGCAAUGCCUCCUCAAAGGGAACCAGUUCAUCUGGCACGAGCUCGAUGCCGGAAGACAUGUGGACACGAUGCACGAGGCCUGGCUGUGGUGAACAUGUUCUGCUGUCAGAGAUUGACGAGCAUCUCGACCUCCACGCAGCAGCAGCACUAGCAGAACAAGACGAGGAACGACCGCCAGCACUGCCACCCAGAAGAAGUCCGCCUCGAAGGCCUGCCGAAAAGGAGGCAUCCAGCAAGACCAGAGAGCUGCUACCACCAAGUCCCCGUAAGCUGGAGAAAGGAAGGGCAAAGAGCCCCGGCAAGACUGCUUCCAUACUCAGCUUCUUUUCAGGCACUUCGACUCAUGGUCGUUCAACUACUGUCCGGAGAAUCCAUGAGCCCAAAGCUCCUGGUCGGCUUGGCAAGAAGGAACUCGGACCUCAUGCUUUCGAGAAGCGCAUGCCAGAUGAUGUGCGUGAGCAUCUAAUUCAUGGAGCUAAACCACAGUACGUCCAACGCAUCAGCAGAAGCGGACGUUUGGUGCGAGAAGCCUAUGUUCCGAAUGAGACAGUCGGCCUAAUACCUAUCCUUGCGGAUCUAUGCUCUCUCGAAGAAGAUACCAGAGCCACUUACUUCUGCCACCCUUGCGUCCGACAUAUCCAGAAGCUGCAAUGUGACGGCAACUUCUGUGGGUACUGGAACAUCCAAGUAUUGUUGACAUACAUUCAACAUAUGAUGCCUCAAGGGCCGCAGGAACUUCCCAAUAUCAUCCAGAUUCAGAAGACUAUUGAGAAGGCUUGGGAUCAAGGGAUUCUGUCGUUUGGGAGAACGGAGACUGGUGGUAUCCUCGACACGCGAAAGUGGAUCGGCACUCAAGAAGCCCUAGCUUUCUUCAACCGCAUCAAUGUCAAAGCCGAAGCACUCGUUGUCAAAGCCGAAGCACUCGUUGUCAAAGCCGGCGAUGGCGAUGGUGAUAAAAUUCCCGCCACAGAGCUGCUUGACUACGUCGAGGCCUACUUCAUGAGCGCAACGGACACCGCGAAAAGGCACGGCACUUCCUAUACGACACAACUCGCCCCCAUUUACUUUCAGCGAGUGGGCCACUCGAUGACGAUCGUCGGUAUCGAGAGGAAAGACGACGGUUCCCGCAACCUCCUGGUGUUCGACUCGUCGUUCGCUACAUCCAAGCCGAUGGAAAACGUAUUGGACGGGCGUCGGGCGAGAUCAUCAGUACCGGACAUGUUGAGGCCGUAUCGCAGGUCGGAGCUGUCGUUGACGAAGUGGGACGAGUUUGAGCUUUUGAUACCGCACCCCAUCGUCGACGCAGAGAUGGCUUCGGCGAUAUAG